AUGCGAGCUAUCUUUGGACUUGUUGUAGGGCUCCUGGCGGCUGUCGUGCCGCUGGUGGCCGCGCAGGAUGAUACAGCUGCGGCGCUCCAAGCGCUCCCCAAAUGCGCGGCCGACUGCUUGGUUGAAGGCGUCUUGAAGUCAGAUUGUGCAAAGGACCCCACGCCGGCGUGCAUCUGCACGAACGCACCUCUCCAGCGCGAGAUCACCAUAUGCGUAACGGCCAACUGCACCGUGAAGGAGUCACUUGUUUUUGUGAUCCCAACCCGUCACAUCCUGAAAGUGGCUAACUCGGGGGGUCUGCGAACAGUGGCCAAGAACGCUACCAGUACGACAUGUGGUGUACCGGUUCGGGACCGGGCUCUUACCUACGAUGCGACCUCGAUCGUGUUGGCCUCGAUAUCGUGCGGCAUCGUGGCCCUGCGGAUAGGCUUCAAGCUGCUGGUGACACGCAGUAUGUCGCCGGACGACUAUGUGGUCUCGCUGCUGGUGGCCUUCGCCAUCCCGAGCAUCGUCAUCAUCCACAUCGGCACGACGCCCAACGGCGUGGGGCGUGACAUCUGGACGCUGACCCCAGAGAACAUCACCAACUUCCUUUUCUACUUCUACAUCAUGGCCAUGCUGUACUUUGCGCAGGUCAUGCUGGUGAAGCUGUGCAUGCUGCUGUUCUACCUGCGCAUCUUCCCGAGCCCGACCGUGCGGCGGCUGCUCUGGGGCACCGUCAUCUUCAACGUCGUGUCGUGUCAUCUUCUUCUUCAUCGCCAUCUUCAGUGCAGGCCCAUCAGCCACUUCUGGAACAACUGGGAUGGCGAGCACGAAGGGAAGUGCCUGAAUUCCAACGCCAUCGCCUGGGCCAACGCGGCCAUCAGCAUCGCCCUCGACUUCUGGAUGCUGGCCAUCCCACUCGCCCAGAUCAAGUCGCUCAACCUGCAUUGGAAGAAGAAGAUUGGCGUAGCCCUCAUGUUUGUCGUCGGCACCUUCGUAACCAUCGUCUCCAUCAUCCGCCUCCACGCGCUCGUGACCUUCGCACAAUCCAGCAACGCCACCUGGGACAACUUCCCCGUCUCACUCUGGUCGACCGUCGAGAUCAACGUCGGCAUCAUGUGCACGUGCAUGCCGACGCUGCGGCUCCUGCUCGUGCGCCUCUUCCCCGCCCUCGGCGGCACCACCAGCCGCAGCUACGGCUACGGCGGCGGCGGCGGCGGCGGCGGUGCUGGUGGUGGGUAUUACAACAGCGGGGGUGGGAAGUCCGGUGCGGGAGGGGCGGGCAGGUCCGGGACGGGGGGCACGGGUGGUGGGACGGGGGCGAAGGGGAGUCGGCUGGUGCAGUCCGGGAGGCAUCGCCCGUUGGGGAACUUGACGAGCACGGCGGUGUCGCGGGAUAGGGAUGUGGAUUUGGAUGAGCUGGAUUGUGGGGAUAGGGAGGGGGCGAAUAGUGUGCCGCCGAGCUCGGCGAGCGCGGACUCGGUGGCGGUGGUGAAGGGGAUGGGGAUUGUGAGGCAUCAGACGUUUGCGGUGCAGUAUGAUGAUGAUGAUGAGGCGAGUUUGGUGGAGAUGGGGGAUCGGAAGCAUGGGGGGAGGUUGUCGGGGUGA